GGAAUUUUUAUUCUUGAUCAAAAACCAAGAAACUUCCUAGGAGAAAUAUGCUUUACCCCAAUCAUCACUCAUGCUGAGGCUUUUUGAUUGGAGGGUUAAUAAUAUUUCCAUAUCCCUAGUCUCCAAUAACUUUCAUCUUAACAACAAAGUCUUUGGUCAAUUACACAGCUUUUUCAGAACAGAAAAACAAAAGUUGGAAGUCUUGGUGGAUGAUUGUUUAGUGUUUAAUACCAAAAGCGGUCACUACCAACCCACUAGCACGUUAUGAUCUCCAAGAAAAAACCCAAUAAAACCAAACUGUAUGUGCUAUAAAAUCAAACUGAUUCACUUCUUCAAGCGCAGGUUUGAACAAGAUCAACAAACAAAAGCUUCUGAGCCAAAAGGGAUGGCCAUUUUAAACCUUGGAGAGAACAUAAAAAUCAACCCAGAUAUAGUCAACAAAGCUUGUUCUCUUGCAGUGGGGGCUCACAAUUCUGCAGAUAAGCCCUAUAUUUUGCAGAACAUUCGUGGUUCACCAGAUCUUGUCAUCUUUGGCUUUCCUGGGAAUUGGUCUGUAAAUGAUUGGUAUGCCGGAGAAUCUUUUGGAGAAACCAAGAUCAAUCUUGAGUUGUUUCCUUCUCUUAGAAGUAUAGGUAUCGAUGAACAUGCCAAGGUCAACAAAGCCUUUCUGCAGAGAUUUGAUGACAAAGUCUUGACGAAUUCAGAUUUCAAAAACAAGGUGCAAAAGGCAGUGACAGAGAGGAAGCAAAUACUGUUUACAGGACACUCCACAGGUGGUUCAAUUGCCAACCUUGCAACAAUUUGGUUCUUGGAAAAAUACUUGAGAUCAGAUAACUACAAAAUUUCACCUUCCUCACCUCUAUGUGUGACUUUUGGUUGUCCUCUAACUGGUAACCACAUAUUUUCCCAUGCUCUUAGGCGUGAGAACUGGGCUCGCUACUUCAUAAAUUUUGUCAUGAGAUAUGACAUUGUUCCACGGAUCUUGCUUGCUCCAGUCUCAUCCAUUCUAUUGGAAUUUCAGAGAGUUCUCCAAUUCCUCAAUGAAAAAUCCAUAAAUCUUGCACAUGCAUCCAUUAACAGCUUCGAUGCUUCAAAUUUUUACAUGAAAGUAAUGAAGAAUGCAUCAUCUGUGGCAAGCCAUGCUGCUUGCAACCUCAUGGGAAACACAAACCUGCUAUUGGAAACUGUGACAAACUUCAUUCCAUUAAGCCCAUACAAGCCCUUUGGAACUUAUGUCCUCUGUACUGGGAAUGGAAAGCUAAUUAUCUUGAGGAAUCCAGAUGCUGUUUUGCAACUAUUAUUUUACUCCUCUCAGUUGUGCAAAGAAGAAGAAUGUACAGAUGUUGCCCAGAGAACUCUUCAACAACAUUUCGGCUAUGAGAGUGAAUUGCAAGACAGCUUCCAAAUGCUAAAUGAGGUUUACUUGGAGCCACUGGAACAACUUCCAUUAUCUGCAGAAUCUACUAGUGAUAUUGCAAUAAUUAAUGCAGCCUUGAACGACCUUGGCUUGAGCACAAGAGCUAGAUUGUGUCUUCGUGCUGCCGGAGAGCUAGAGAAGCGGAAGAUUGGAAACAAGGACAGCAUCGAUCUCAAGAAGACAGACAUUGAGAAAGCAAUGAAAUACCUACUAGAAGACUACCAAUUGAAUUGUGGGUAUCGUGGCCUAGGUUGUUAUGAUGCCUUCAAGCUUCAAGAAUCCUCCAAGGAUUUCGAUGCUAAUGUGAAGAGACUUGAAUUAGCAGGCAUAUGGGAUGAAAUCGUCGAAUUUUUAAAAAGGUAUGAACUUCCAGAUGCAUUUGAAGGCCAGAGCGAUUGGAUAGAUCUUGGAACAAGGUACCGACGCCUUGUUGAGCCCUUAGAUAUUGCCAACUACUAUCGCCACUUGAAGAAUGAAGACACAGGAGCAUAUAUGGAUAGGGGCAGGCCAAAACGCUACAAGUUUACGCAGAGAUGGUUUGAGAAUGCUAAGAGGAUGCCAGCUGGAUCUAGUUGGGAGUCAUGCUUUUGGGCCAAGGUAGAGGAGCUGCGCAUUAAAACUAGCAAUGCAGGAGGGUUUGCACAAGUCAAGGUCAAGGAAGAGGUUUUAAAACUAGAAGAACAAGUACAGAAAUGGAUCAAAGGCGGAGAGUUGGGUAAAGAUGUGUUUUUGGAGAAAUCCACCUUUAUGAAGUGGUGGAACACACUCCCUGAAGAGCAUAAAUCGAAAUCUUGCAUUAAAAAUGUAAAGGAUUCAUGAUCGUUGAACAUGAUUCUCAUGCUAAUAAUAUCACCUACCAAUGUUAUCUGUGUGCAACUAUAAAAUUCACAAGCUAAUAAUAUCAGAAAUUACUAGCUCUAA